GUCCGCGCAGCAUUCUCUACCGGCGCCCUGCAGGAGGUCAUUCUGCUUUGCUCUUCUCUACUCCAUGGACUGCUGAGCGUUCAUUGGCUUCUGAAGAGGUCGGUGCACCGCCUGGCCAGCAGGCUUCUGCAGCCCCUCCGGCAUCGUGUGCUGCCACAGACGCUCUUUCCCACCUCAGAUCUCUCGUGUCCAGAUGUUCUCACAGCUGGGCAUUUAUGGGAAGCAGACUGAUGUCGUCACUUUCUGCCAUUGCAUCUGUGAGUGAUGAGUGUUCAUAGAGCUAGAGGGUCUUAGAUUUAGACCCUGAAAGCCCUGAGAGGCCGUCUUGUCCACCUCCCUUGUUUCACAGAUGAAGAAGCCGAGGCCCAGAGCGACCUGAAGACGAGGCUUUUUUACAAAGACUGGCUGAAGGUUACUCAGUGGAGAAGGAUCCAAACGCUUACCUUUUUUAUAAAGAAGAGGGGAACAAGGCAUUCCAGAAAAAGGCGUACAAGGCGGCUGCCAUGCUGUACUCACAGGGAACCUCCCAUGCCAGACCCAACACUCAGGAAAUGUCGUUGUGUUUUGCCAAUCGCUCUGCAGCCUUCUUCUAUCAGGCUCAGUAUGAGAUUUGUCUUGAAGACAUUGGGAGAGCCCAAAUGCACGGGUACCCAGAAAGAUUACAGCCCAAGCUGAUGCUGCGCAAGGCCAAGUGCCUCGUGGCCCUGGGCAGGCGACAGGAGGCAGCCCUGGCCAUCCGUGACCUGGAGCAGAACGUGGCAGCUCGGGAGGCUGGCACCGGCACUCCCCAUCUCCAGGACCUGCAGAGGAGGCUCCGCCAUCUGAAAACAAGGGGGCAGGAGGACAAGGGCCCUGCGGAGGCUCAUCCCACGGGUCCAGCACCCGCCUCAAAGGAGGUCCAUCUGAAGGCCGAGAACGAGCGGAUUCCCGGCGCAGCAUCCUCUGUGAGUUUGUGCAGCGACCCUUCCAGAGGCCGCCAUCUGAUCGCCACUGAGGAUAUCCUUCCUGGUGAGCUCCUAGUGAAAGAGGAGGCUUUUGUGAGCGUCCUCAAUCCUGGAGAGACUCUGUGGCAGCGGCUGGGCCCAGAAGCCGGGCGAGACAGCGGAGCUGCCCCUGGGGACCUCCGCUGUCACCGCUGUUUGAAACCCACCAUGGCCACAGUUCCCUGCCAGGGAUGCAGCUACGCCAAGUACUGCAGCCGGCAGUGUAUGCAGCUGGCCUGGGAGCGCUAUCACAGGACAGAGUGUUCCCUGGGCGGGACGCUUCUCACCCUGGGAGUCUUUUGCCACGUGGCACUAAGGACAGUCCUCCUAGCUGGCUUUGAGCUCGUUGACAAACUCGUAAAGACACUUCAGGGAGCUGUGAAUUCUGAAGCGGUUUCUGUACCCGAAGGCCAGCCUCCGAUGGAGAAACUGGAUGCCCAGCUCGGCCUGGGGAAAGGGGACCAGAAUCGGGGGCUGUCUGGGAUGCCAAUUCCCGGCUGUGACAGGGAUGGCAGUUAUCAAAGUUCUUACCACGCCGUCUUCCACCUCUUGCCCCACACAGAAAGGCACAGCCCAGAGCGCAAGUUUCUCUGUGGCCUGAGCGUCGUGGCCUUGUGCAAGAAGCUGGGAGAAGCCUAUUGGCCUUCCCCACUGUGGGGUCAGGGGCCCUCCAAGCAGGAGGCAGCCUUGACAAUGGAGCAGUCACCCCGGCCCAGCACCUGGGCGGUGGCCAUGCUGAGGCACGUGCUGCAGCUGCACUGUAAUGCCCAGGGAGUGACUGCCCUCCAGGAGGCCGAAUCUGAAGGGGACCUUGUAACAGAGCGCAGGCAGGCCCGCCUCGCCACUGGCUUCUUCCCUGUCAUCAGCCUGCUGAACCACUCAUGCAGCCCCAACACCAGCCUGGCCUUCAGGGGCUCCGUGGGCACCGUCCAGGCAUCACGGCUUAUUGCACAAGGGCAAGAGAUCCUCCAUUGUUAUGGACCUCAUGAGUGCCGCAUGGACGUUGCCACAAGGCAGCAGAAGCUGAGAUCUCAGUAUUUCUUUGACUGCUGCUGCCAGGCUUGCCGGGAUGAGGAGGUGCGUCGGGCCAGCACAACACCAAAGCGAGGCGGGUUCCGUUGCCCCACCUGCAAGGCGGCUCUGCAGGGGGAUGAUGCUCUGUGCUGCAGCCGUGGAUCCUGUACGGCCGUGGCGAGCAGACCUCACCUAGUGGGCCGAUUACAAGACCUUCAGCAGCGGGUAGAGGUGGCCCUGGAGCUGCUCAGAGGUGACAAAACAGCACGAGCUGUCCAGCUUUUGUUGGGGUGCCGGGAGGAGGCUGAGAACUUCUUAACCUCGGAGCACAUGUUGAUGGGAGAGAUUGAGGACCACCUGGCCCAGGCAUAUGCCAGCCUUGGGGACUGGCCCAAAUCUGCAGCCCACUUGCGAAACAGUCUUCAGGUGGUGGAGGCCCAGCACGGACCAGCCAGUGUGGAGAUAGGCCAUGAGCUGUUCAAGUUGGCCCAAGUCCUUUUCAAUGGGUUUGCAGUCACCGAAGCCUUGAAUGUGAUAGAGAAGGCAGAGGAGGUUCUGUCCAUACACUGUGGCCCUGAGAGUGAGCAGGUGCAAGAAUUGCAGCAGAUGAAAGCCUGCUUACUGGAGUUACCAGGCCUCCCUACAGGGCCCACAGCAUAGGGACGGGCCCACGGCGCCUGCACGUGGCUGAUGUACAGGCAGCCUGGUCUAUUGCAAGAGAGUCCCUGGGCACCUUUACACCUCCAGGAAAUGUAAACAAACGUGCCUUCAAACUGCUGGGGAGCUGCUGCUGGUGAAGAAUGAGGCCCUUAAAACAGUGGGGAAAUGUGGCCAAAAAACCAGAAAGCCAGUGGGUAUCUGUCAGCUGGAAAAUGGCAGAAUGAAUUGUAUAUGUGACUGUAAACGGUAAGAAAUGACAGCCGGGAGGAAUUCCUAGCCGCUUGGGAAGGCUUCUGUGGAGGGAUGCCAAGCGAAGUCAGCAAACCAAGGGAGCAGUUUGCCCCUGGACCCAUAGUGUAAAAGAAAACCUCAUUGAAUGACAGCAGCUGCCAAGGAUGAGAGGCAUGUGGACCUCCCUCCCCUUGGCAGAGAGGUGGGGAACCACAGGUACAGAACGGGGCGUGCAUUGUUAGAGGAGCCGAUAGAUUGGUUUGUGUACUUUGGCGCACUUACCUGUUACAAGUUGGGGUAGGUCCAGUAGUGGGAAGUGACUGAGAUUUUUAAAAAGCAUCAGACCUUUAAGAAGAAAAUAAAUGGCUUCAGGGAAAUUCCACUGCUGGUAUGUGAUGUGGGGCAGGGGCAGGGGAGCAGUGACUCCAGAAUUACUCCAGUGAGAGAUGAGCUUUCAAAGGUUGCCAUCAUUCUGAGUACCGUUCUGUGAAAGAAGAAAAUGUCCCAAACUAAAAACUGACCCCCUCAAAGGACUGAAGACAGAAGUCUAGAGACACUCUGUUCCUUCGAAAGGAGCUAGGCUUUCCCUAGGAAUCAGAGUCUGAGCCUCUAGACUCAUGGCCAGGGUCCAACCCACUAAAUUGUUAAAAGUUGGCUUCAGUGGAACCCGCCUGCUGUUUCCAGUGGUCACAUGAUGCUGCGUAUGCCCUAGAGGGGAUUUAACUAUUGGUGAUUGUGUCAUUGAGAGCAAAACCAUUAUUACAAGAAGAUAGGGAGUUGCUGUGGUUUCUUCCCUCUAACAAGUACCUAGGGCUUCACAUAGAGGGUCUCAUUGCACUGGGGGUCAUUUUAUUCAGGGGAUGGGCUGUUUGGCAACCCCCAAAUUUGUCUGGAGCCAUUUUUCCAGUUCUGUUGAGUUUCUGUUCUGCUCCCUAACUACCUAUUGAACAAACUAACAAAACAAAACAUGCCGUCAUGAUUUGAUCAUACUUGUGCCUCUUUUGUAAAUUUCCCAGCUUGGAAGCAACAUUGAAAAGGGCACCUCCAUCAUUCCUAGAAAGGCAGACCACCCCAAGCCCAGGCUCACUGUAUGAGUAUCCGGCGUGGAA